AAUUCAAACUGACAGGUGGGAGCGUGGCUGUUGACGGCUCCGGGACGGGACGGGACGGGACGGGAUCGGAGCGGCGGGGCCUGGCCCGGCCCGGCGGUGCCCGCCCGCCAUGUCGGCCAGCAGCUGCACCUUCGAGGACCGGUGCGUGGCCGUGCUGUGCUGCCGCUUCUGCCAGCAGGUGCUGAGCUCGCGGGGGAUGAAGGCCGUUCUGCUGGCGGACACCGACACCGACCUCUACUCCACCGACAUCCCGCCUUCGGGUACUGUUGAUUUCAUUGGAACCUGCUAUUUUACCGAAAUCUGCAAAUGCAAACUGAAGAACAUCGCGUGUUUAAAGUGUGGUAACAUUGUCGGUUAUCAUGUGAUUUCUCCCUGCAAACCUUGCCUGCUGUCCUGUAAUAAUGGCCACUUCUGGAUGUUUCAUAGCCAAGCCGUCUUCGGCAUCAACAGACUAGACCCUUCUGGUGUAAAUGUAUUGCUUUGGGGCAACUUGCCGGAUUUGGAGGAAAGCACAGAUGAAGAUACGUCCUGCAUCUCUGAGGAGGAGUAUAUCAGAUAAAUGUUAUCUACAAUCUACUACAGUAUCUUCAUUAUAUUGCUGUUUGGUUUGGAUUUUUUUGUUCCUGCUGGCCCAUCAGAGUUUAAACAAUAUAGGAAACCAGGAAAUCUGGAAAACAAUCCUAAAAAGGAAGGUAUCGGCUUCCUCUCUCACUGUAGCCUUCCACAGACUCUUGAUUCUGCCUAGCGUGUAUCUUCUGAGUAAAGACAUGCCUUGAUUAGACCUAGAAAUGCAGAUGGAAGGUGCAUUUACUGAGAUCUAGGUCUGUUUUGUUUUUUUACAGUUGAUAAUCCUUCUCAACUGUAUUUUUUCUUCUUUCCUAAAACAUUAUUCACAGAGUCUUUCAGUUGCUGUAAGUACAGCUUAAAAAUCUUAAUAAUCAGGCUGAUCGACAAAGUUCUGAAAGAGCUCUGCUUUUGUGGUCGGACGGAUCAUUGUCCAGGGCUUCUAUUCUGAGUAUACAGAGUUGCUGAAUAAGUGGCUUAAAGUAUUGGACCUUUGGCUCUAUGAUCUGGCUCUUCUGCUUUUAGCAGCUUGUUCUCUGGGCAUCUGAGGCAUGCUAGGAUGCUCCUGAAUGCGGACUGGGAAGCUAUCUUGCACAGCUUUUCCAUCUCAUCUUUCUGUACUUUUAGGAUCAUGUUUCUGAGAUCAAGCUCAUUUUUUUUCCCCCCCUCUAAUAAAACCUCAGUAAUUGCUACAUAUACUUAAUGUCUAAUAGAACUUCAAGACUACACUGGAGUUUUUCUUAAGGUCAACAAUCAAAUCCAUCCAGUUUUAAGUGUUAUUUUUUUCGUCUUCUAGGGUAGGCAUCCCUCCAAAGCAGAAAUCUGUCAUCUGAUUGAGUCUUUAUAGAGAAAGAAAAAAAAAAGAGAUCAGGUUAAAUAUUUGGUGUUCAUGCCUAACCUUAUGUUCUGAAGCGCACACAAUCUGGUUCUUGUAAGAACUAAAGGAUUCAAAGCUUAUUAUCCAAAUUGUUACAGCCAUGGUAUUUAACUUAUGAACUAAAUACUGUCCCCUUCAGCAAGUCACCUGAAGGAUCACCUUUAGAAAAUUCAAGGUACAAUCAUAUAAGAGAACAGAGUACAUUUUUAAAUUUGGAUUGACACUGAGUAAGUCAUUCUAUAGCCUCCUGUGAUACUUGGAAGAGGUGCAAUGACAGCAGGUCUGAAUUGUCUUAUUAUUUUUACUGCAUGUUAUAUAUUUCUUAAUUAACAUACUACCUCUUCUGCAUUGUUUAAAUGUAUAUUGGUAUGUAUAUAUAUGCGUGGGUGUAUGUCUUGUUUUGACUUCCUGUGUUAUGUCUGCUCAUUAAAUAGAUGUUUUGGACUAUAUAA